UGAUGUGAUCAAGCACGACGACAUUGGUCGCUGAGUUAGCAACAGUCAACAGAUGACAAGUAUUGACAAUCGUAUUAUUCUUAUAUAUUUUUUGUUACUGGUUGUCGGUUUCGAGUUUCGAAUCUCAUGACAUUAGUCUAUGGGUGAAACUCGUUUUUAUUUAUUUAUUAAAAUUAUGUUAAGUAAAGGCAGCUAACAAAGCAUCUUAAUCAUCUUUGAAGUACUGGUGUGCGAAUGCGAUCCAUUCACUACAUAGAAAGGGAAGUACCAGUUGAUCUGUGAACCAACAACUUAACGGGAUUACCCCGAAUUUAGAUAUUGAUAAAUAAGUCUUAUAUCAUUCAUUUAACACAAGUCUUUCAUCUUAUUGUGCUUAACUAAAUCAAAAAGUAAUAUUGAGAUUAUCCAAAUUGAAACACCAAUACCUUUAAUGCAUCCAAAGGAUCUAUAUUAUGCUCAAAAACCAAUUCGUCAGUCCAUGAUGAAAAAAAUUCGUUGUUUCCCCCUAAAUAUUUAGGGAUGGGAAGUAUUUUAAAGCUAUUUAGAAAGUAUAUUUUUGACUUUUUGUACAAAGAACGUAUGAAUGUGUGGGUGUUGUCAAGCUUAACUCUGAUGUAGGUGUUUUCCAAAAUGGCGGAAUGGGUUUGGGUUGUGUGUUUAGAGAUUGGAGGGGAGCUUUUGUUGGAGCUACUUUGAAGAAGGAAAAGGGAUCUUGCAGACCGAUCGAGGCGGAGGCUAGGGCGUUGGUGAUGGGAUUGGUGGAAGCAAAUCGGAGGAAUUUCAGCCCCCUAAUUAUAGAGUCAGACUGUCAAGUGCUCAUCAACAAGCUAAAGAAGAAGGAAGCGGAUUUCACUGAGCUGGGAAACUGGUGUGAUGGAAUUUUGAGGUUGGCGAAGGUAAACGAAGAUUUGUUUGGUUCCCAGGUGGUUUGGUCGUUUGCUGGUAGAAAGAAGAACAAGGUUGCUCAUUGGUUGGCCCAUUCGGGGUCGGUUUGGGACCGUCAAGUGGUGUGGACCGACAGUCCACCCCUUUCUUUGUUAGCUCUUUUGGAUGAUGUUCAGGGCCGCGACCCUUGUAACGGAGGAUGAUUUUCUGAAUCGAAUAUAGGUUCCCAUAAUAUAUAUAUAUAUAUAAUUUUAUUUGGAUUAACGAAGAAGUUUCAUUUCCGGCGUCGCACCGAAGCUAAGAAAUUAAUCACCAACAAUGAUGACGAAUUAUGAAUCCAAAACAAAUGCGCCAGUCAUCGACUGUGCACUAUCUAAAAUGACUCCAAAAGAUCCCGAACGGGACAGUUAAAUAAUUAAAAAUAAAAGCUUAAUCUGUCGUUAACUGAGAAUUAACGCUCAAAUAAUUACAUAAUUUUAGUGAGAUUCCAUAUAAAAUGGUGUUAUGUUUUUUUAGAAAUCGUUAUUGUAGAAUGAUAAAUAAGGCUAGGGUGAUGAUUCUAAUUCUGAAAAGUAUAAUUCUCUUAAAACAAUCUAGAAAUUGGGUCUUAAUCCCAUUAAAACCAUGUAACGGCAAUAGGGUGAUGAUUGGAACUAAAUACUUUGCAUUGAGAUUACAUGACCACUGGUAAAAAAAAAGAGAAAGAAGAAAAAGGGAGGGCAAAUCCCAUACCCAGGCUUCGCAGAAGCCAAAAUAUAAAGAGACAUAGACGGAACUUACAUAGAUAAAGUAGAUUAUUUUGAUUACUCGGCAGGAAGGUUGUUUGGGCAGUCGCAAAUCGCAAUGACACUAUGGAGGGGAUGAACUUGUCGAAUAUGCUGUGUAAACUGAUGACGAAAGAGAUAUGCGAUUCCGGAGGGGCAGGGAAAUAGGCGCGCGAGAGAGAGUGAGAGGCGACGAAGAUCUUCGCCGGGAGAGUUUGGCAGACAAACUGCAAGAGAGAGACGAGGUGAGUUUCCUGCGGCAUAAGACAGAUGGCGAGAGCGAAAGACAGGCGGCCGAGAUUUCUUUCGGAGGGGUCGGAAAAAGACGCGAGAGAAAGAGAGGCGUCGUGGGUCUCUUCCGGGAGGGGUUGGGGGACAUGGGGAGAGAGCGCGAGAGGAGGGCUGACCUUUUCGGGAGGGUUUCAGCGAGAGGAGUGUGCGAUUACAGAAAACCCCCUCCGCAGUGUGCGGGUUGUUGAUGGUAUGCUGACGUGGCAGAACACAUAUAUUGACAUUGCUUUAUAGUAUUUUGUAGAGUUAGAAUCGUUAAUUAUUAUUUUUAGAUUAGAAGAAGCUUAUAACUUGAGUUUAGAGAAUUAGGGACGACUAAAGUUCACUCAUUGAAGAUUAUGGCAUAUUAUCAUGUCUCAAAAUUUAAUUAAUUUUUUUGACAAAUAAUAAUUAUAUAUUGAUACUCAAAAAUACAUCAUACAAUAAGGUCGGAAUGCUAGCAUAAACUAUUGAUCAAAAUCCCUCCCAUAAUUUAUCCCCCAAGAAAAAACCUCAACUUCAAUUUCAAACGAUACAAAGAGAGACGACUAAAUACUAAAUAGUCGAUUGCGAAACUGAGUGUCGCAGUAUCAAUAGCUUGGUUGUUAGCUAGCUAGGCUUUUGCCAAGAAAGAAAAAAGAUAAAGGAGAAUAAUAUGAUUCUUUAGCCCUAAACGAUCACGUGAACUGCAGAUUUGGCUCUCUAAUUUUUGUGAUUUAACUCAGCUAAACGUAAUUAUCAAAGCAAACCCUUCAUUGUACGGAUUCCUGCCUUCUUCGAUCGACAGGCUUUCAUCAUAUAAUAAUAACAAUUUGGUGACAGUACGUAUUCUGUAGACUCCUAAAUACAAGUGUGUGCAUGUUCUUCUUUAUAUGCAGGACAAUCAGAAAUACCUCGAAUCCGUAUGCAAUGGAUAAUAUUAAUUAGUUUAUAUAAAGUUGAAGUGCUAAAUUAUUACAUUUUGAUAUCACAAAUUUAAUUAAAUUACAAUUUAGUC